AUGCGCCACCUGCUCGAAGCCCUCGCUGGCGCCGCCGGCGUGGCGGCCCAGUUCGACAGCGACCUGCACAUUCUGGGGCCGUCGCCGGACCUGCGUGAGAUUAUUCGCAAUAACGGAACCGCCAGGGAACUGCUGGACGGCAUCGGCAACCCCGACGCCAGCCGAUCGCUCGCCUUUAAGCCGUUUGAGUGGUACGACGGGGCCGGUGGCAGGCCGUCGGCGAACCUGUCGCAGGUGGAGUGGACAUGGACAAAGUCGCCCUCAAGGGCCAACCCCCCACGCCAGGGCUUCAACCGCACCGCCGUCUCGGAUCCGCACGUUGUUGUCACCUCCUUCGACCUCUCGUGGCCCGGCGGCGGCGACAUUUCCGCAGCCCUCGACGGCGGUGGCGGCGGCGAUAACUCGACGACGGCGAUGCCGCCCGCAGGUCCGCUGUGCGCCACCGCCCUGACGGGCAACGACAUGCGGCCCAACGCCAGCAACCUCCUCGGGCCCGACGACAUGGGCGUCGUCCACUGCGCCUCCGUCAUCGGCACCGACUGCCUCCAGGCCCUCAUGGCCUCCUCGCCGCGCGCCUCCUCCCCCUCCCUCCUCCUCCUCCUCCUCCUCCUCACGGACGCGCUGCCGCCGGCCCCGGACGGAGUGGGGGCCAGCUGCCGGCAGGCGGAGGCCCGGGGCGGCCAGUCCGACUUGCAGACCAUUGACUUGAACCCCGUCAACGCGACGGAGCGCCGGCGCCUGCGCAGCGGCGCCGCCUUCCUCUUGGCCGCCACCGCGGCGUUUGGCGGCGGGGCGGUGGCCGCGGGCGGCGGCGUCUACGACGACGUGGCGACGCAGCUGCGCGUGCUCGUGCUCGACGCCACGCGCGCGCGCGCCGGCCUCCCCGGCGGGCCCGUCCGGCCCGCGAACAUGCAGCCCGCGGUGCUGUGCAUGCGCGUCAACGCCGCCGCCUUGGCCGUCGAUGAGGAGGGGGCGGCGGCAGGCCCGGGGCGGAGGGUCUCGGGGCUGGCCAUGGCGACUGCGGGCAUGGCGGUGUUGCUGUCGUUGUUUUGACCACAUUAUGCAAAUGUGCCUCUAUAGAACAAUCCCUAGUUGUCGUACACUUUUAUUUUGCAUUGAUGAUCCUCCCG